CUAUUGGAGACGCACCAUUAGGCCUUUUAACAGAAAGCAUGUUUAUGUUUAUAUUUUGCUUAUUUUUAUGAUGAAGUAAAGUUUUUGUAUUUAGAACAUUUUUUUGUGAAAAAUGAGUGAUGCAGAAGCUCAGGAAGAGGAACGAGAAGCUUUACUUUCAAUAUAUGAUGGAGAUUUAGCUUUUAAACAACUAAAUGCAACUACGUACCAGUACAAAUUUGGAGAAGAUAAUGAUAAUCAAUCAUUUUUACUUGAGAUUUCUUGGGAUUCUAAUUAUCCUACAAAGAAGCCGAUUAUCAAUAUGAAUACUUUUUAUAAUAAGCAUAUUAUUCAGGAAGUAAAAGAUAAAAUAGUAUCACAUAUUGAGGUUGAAGCUGACCAAUGGCUAGGAUGUGCUAUGACUUACACACUUUUUCAAUCGGUACAGGAGAAUCUUCCAGAGUUAUUAAUUGAUCAACCCACUGCUAUUACUCACAUUGAACCUUCAACGUCUAAUAUUAAAGAACCAGUUGUUAUAAAGGAAGAGGUUGAAAAGAAACCAAAACAACAGUUAACCAAAGCACAAAAGAAAAAGUUAUGGAAUCGUACAGAUGGAAAGAAUGAAAAUCCUCGAGGUUGGAAUUGGGUAGAUGUGGUAAAACAUUUAUCUCAAAUUGGGUACAAAGAAAAAGAUGAAUCAUAAUUUAAAUUGUUUAUUCUACUGAUAGAUGUAUGUGUUUUAUGUUUUUGCAAUAUUUCAAAUAAAUUACCUAUCAAUUUUUAUACAAAGUUUUGUAUUUUAAAGUUAACACGAUGUAAUAUUGAUUAUUAUUAAACUUGUAUAUACUGUCUCCAA